GUUUUCGAUUUAAGUUAUUUCAAUUAUUCGAAUAACUUUUUUCUAUACCCUACAACUUUACAAUCAGAACACUAUAGAGUGUAAUGGAGCUUCCCUUGAAAAGAAACACCAGAAAGGAUCCAGAAAUGCAAAAACCUGCUACAGCACCGUGGGGUCUAAGCAUUAGCAACAGCGACUUUCAGAAGCUCACUGCCGGUUAUAAACCGCGAGGUAUGGAUGACAGGUGGCGCGUCGCGGUCUCACCUCCGGACCAGAAUGGCACCAUUUCUGUACACUUUGCUCGAAGCUGGACAGGCAUUCCACACUACGUAUUGUUUAUAAAGCCGAUCGACGGGGACAGCAGUGAUGCCAUAAUCGACGCUAUCACCUGGGAACAGAACAAGGGUGGGAUUUACAUUUCGGAGGAAAUGGCCAAGAUGACGGUAGUGACUAUAUCCAGAAGCUUUCUGGAGUGCGACUACGAUUUGCUUCCAGAGUAUGAUACUGAUAAACUAUUGUAGCUGACGAGUUCUCAACAUAGCGAAUUGUGGAACUUGUUGGCGACCGUGGAGGACCGCCAUUGUUGACACGCUAUCCACUGCAUCUCUUUCUCUUUCUGAGUCUGACCAUUUAACCCCGUAUCUAUUCUAUCUGCCAAUUAUCAGAAUACCCCGAUAGCUGUCUGUAUGCCAACGAGCAGGUGGCUUCUUGGCUGUUCAUUGGUUAUCCUGGAAGAUUAUUCUCCGAGCCAGACUGGGAGUGUGGUCGGUGAUUUAACCUCAUGUACGUAGUAUUCUAUCUCUACCCUUCAGACGACGAG